CGAUCGCCAGGAGGAUGCGGGAGGCGAGAGGGAGCCGGGCUCGCUUCCUGUGGAUGGCGACGCCGGCGAUGGUACACGUCAGAGAUAAUAUGAUCUCGGAGUGCAUGGACUGGCGGACGAAUCAGCGCCUGGCUCUGUACGAGGAGCAGGCCAAGACCCUGGUCCAGCGGUAUCAGCAGGAGUUCGGCAUCGAGCGCUUCAUGUACAUGGACACGUACAACCUGACGCUGCCCAUGAUCGAGGCAGCCAAGGGAGACUGCGGGCAUUUCCUCCCUGCUAACAUUCAGCUCGCAGCUGUGCAGCAGUUUCUCAACCUCGCGUGCUGAGUUGGGCACCUUCCCGUCCCAUCAAGUUGAUCGGACAGUCCGACCGUCUUGGGGGGCGUUAGGUGACUCCCGGCCUGGCUGGCCGCCCGGCGCGGGCCGGGCCCCGGCAGACUACAGGCUACCGUGACGCCGAUUGUUCGGAAGUUCAGUGGAGACACGGCCAGUCAGCAACUUAACUUCGAGUCAAGAGGUGCUGGUCAGCUAACGUUGAGUAAAAGUGUGCCGCUACCGUCACGUUUACUCAACUGAGGCCUGCGGUACUAGAGGGCACCGGGUACGUCGGUGUAGUAAAAGGAGACAUGUGGAGUAAA